AUGCGGAUGGUGCAGUGGCAGGUGUUCCCCGAAGAAAUGGUUACGUUGGAAAGGUAUCGAUCGCAUCCAGAUAAGUCCAGUAGUUUGUAUGAGUUGUCACCAACGUUGGAUGAGUACGGAGUUAUGCUUGGAGGAUUGGAGCUGCACCUCAUGCAUCGUUUGACGCUAAAUAUCCGGCUGCGGGCGGUCGUAAGGCAAGUAGCUGCAGCAUGUCAGUGGUGUAUCGUGAAGAAAGCAACUCCGAAAGUACCUCGGAUGGCACCGCUUCCUGUGGUACGAUUGUCGUCAUUCACUCGACCGUUUACGUACACCGGUAUAGAUCUGUUUGGUCCAUUGCUAGUGAAAGUUGGAAGAAGUGUUGCAAAGCGUUGGAUCUGCUUGUUCACAUGCCUGACUAUCCGUGCCGUUCAUGUCGAGGUUGUCCCCACUCUUACUACCUCAUCUUGUGUGAAAUCUAUACGACAGUUCGUCUGUCGACGCGGUUCACCUGCCGAGAUUUAUUCGGACAACGGCACUAACUUUCAAGGUGCCGAGCGAUUACUACGAGAACAACUCACAAAUAUACAAAACGAGCUGGCGGAAACAUUCACUAACUCACAUACAAAAUGGGUUUUCAUACCACCCGCGGCACCCCAUAUGGGCGGUGCAUGGGAAAGGAUGGUGCGAUCGAUUAAGUCAGCGAUGCAGAUAGCAUAUAACAAUAAUCAAAAGCUGGAUGACGAGGGAUUGCAAACAAUGGUUAUAGAAGCUGAACGAAAUCGUCAACAGCCGACCUUUCACAUAUCUUCCACUGGACUCUGA